UUUUUUUGCAGCUGCCAGCACGGUGUGAUUUUAUUAUGCUUGUGCACACUUGCGUGCUGGUGUAUGUUUCUUCACAUGGAAAGUCGAUUGUUGGCUGGAAUGGAGGUUCCCUUGAUUGGUAGCAACGACGUGAAGUGGAUUGAGGUAUCUGUUCCUUCGUCAUAUCUUCCUGCUGCUACUGCUGUUGUUUCCUCUUCGCAACCUUGCGCUCCCCUUACAAAGGAUGCUGCGUCUUGCCAUAUUAUCGGAGAUUCAUCCCAAUAUAUAAUAUGGAGAAUUCAUGAGAAUUUACCCCAUGUAGUUGAAUUGAUUGAAAUCUCUGCAUGCAAAGAAUUCCCCAGGAUUGGACUGCGUCUGAGUUUCCCCCAUGCACUAAGUCCAUUUGCUUUUAUAUGCAAAAAUGAGGCUAAAAGCACGGUUGGGAACUCAUACCUGCUUUAUGCAUUAGAAGUCUCAGGAGUUGCUUACAUUCUUAAACUAAGGAAUAUUUGUACUUAUGUAUCUUGCUCCCUUUUCCCACGGAGUGAGCUUGUAGAAGUCAAUGUUCAAACCGAUCCACAAGUUGGAGCAGUAACUGCCGUAGCAGCUACAGUGGGUUGCCUUGUUCUUGGGAGACAGGAUGGAUCAAUUAGCUGCUUCCGACUUGGUGCAUUCGAUCAAACUCCUCUUGAUCUCAUGCACGAACUGCGAGAUGAUGUUGGGAUUGGUCGAUUCUGGGGACUAAUGGCAAGGGUCAAGAGUACUGGAGCUGUGCUGGAUCUAGUAAUAUCAGAGGUGCAUGGAAGAAAAUUACUUUUUGUGCUUCAUGCUGAUGGGAGCUUACGAGUAUGGGAUCUUUUAAGUCAUGUUAGGCUUCUCAGUCAUACUAUUACCAUUCCGACAAUGACAGGAGUUUCAGCUACAAAGUUACGUGUGGGUGAUGCCGACAAUACCAGCCUAAUUUCUCUUGCAAUCUUAUAUAGUACUAUGGAACUGGAUGCGAAUUUGGUUGCAACUUUAAAUCUUUCUUUUACCCUGGGUGAAAAAAUCAAUUUGUCACUUGAGCCUUCAAUAACAACUAUCCCUUUGGAGGGACGAAUCAUUGACUUUGUUAUUUCAUGCAAAAAGCUUUGGAUUCUUAAAGAUGAUGGACUGAUGUUAUAUAAUAUGUUUUGUACAAGUGAUUCUAAGGUGGAAGCAUUCAGUUAUGGUUUGCAGGAUACCUUUGUUGCUGAUCAGCUAUUCCAAGAUGUUGAACAUUCUGCUGAUGACUUGAUCUGGUUUAGUCAUUCAUUAAUUUCUGCAUUGAAGGACCAAGUUGUGCCGUUUGUAUCAUCUAUUUUCUUACGUAGGCUGCUUUAUCCUGGUGUGCAUCAAAGUGUUGUUCUGCGUGAAACAAUGCAAGAGUAUAACAAGCACUGGACUGAUUCUGAGUUUCAAUCCUUAACUGUUGAUGACUUGAAAAAGGAGAUCCUUUAUCUUAUUGAGAGUGAAGCAGUUGCUGAAUAUCCAAUGUCAGUUAUUUAUUGCUGGAAAAAGCUUUGCACUCGCUACUUCCAUUAUUGGUGUAAAAACAGUAGACCAUAUGGUUUUCUGGUUGAUUCAUCAACAGGAGCAGUUGGUCUAAUAAGGAAAAACUCAAUAUCCAUGUUCCGUUGUUUGGAGGAUAUCGAGCUCUUAAUAAAUGUUUCUGAUGAACACAGUGAUUUUGUAACCUCUGGCUUGGAUUUGCCAGAUGAUGAUCUUGAUCGUGAAGUUCUUUUUGAAGUGCUAAGAUUAGCUAGUAGUAUCAGGCAGCAACUAGGGAAAGCUGCUGUUGCUAUAUUCUAUGAAUCACUUGUCAGUACAUCUACUAUCUCGUCCGAAGAAAUUGUUGCUUUCUUACUGAAGGUUCUGGAAACUGGAUACAGUGCAUCAAUGAAAGCUGCCCAUAGAUCACAACUUGGAAUCAAUAGAUCUUGGGGAAAGAAACUAUCAGAUCACAAAAAUCAGAGGCAAUUCUCCAUUGACAUGUUAUUGUCACUUCAUGCUUUGUGCAAUAAGGCUACCUCUGGGGGCAAAGUAUUGGAUGUGAUAGAGAACUACCUUAAGUUUCUUGUCCCUCGUAAAACCAUGGAUAGAUUGGAUUCAAAGGCAGCCUUCAGUGUCAACACAUCAAUGUUGGUUCAGGCUACUUCGCAAGUUGCAAAUGUGAUGUUUGAAUCUGCUUUUGACAUACUUCUAUUGCUGGGCUAUCUGGUGAACACCAACGGGCAGGUCCUCAUGUCAAACAGUGAUAUCUCCAGAAUUCAACUUGAACUGAUUCCAAUGAUAAAUGAAACUCUUGCUGAGUGGCUUAUCCUUUAUUUCUUGGGAACUACUCCUUCAGAAUCACCAGCCUUGGAAGAUUUCAGUUCUCGACUUUCAUCACUGCACAUUGGUAGCCACAAUGAUACAAAUUCAUGGAACGAAAUGCUUGGUACCUGCGACUUUACACUAGCUUGUAUUCUCAUACCUAAUUUCAGUAGUUCCUUUGAGGAGCAUGGCUAUAUUUCUUCAAGAUAUUUUACUAGCCCCGAAAAAAUCAUCAGUUCAAUGCGGAACUUCUGCAGCUGGAUUAUAUGGGGCAGGACUGGAGAACAAAAAACUUCCAUGUUCAGCCGUAUUUCUGAACUCGCGGUUGUACUCCUUAGGCAUGGCCAAUGUGAAGCUGUCGAGAACCUGCUUGCAAUUAUCGAGGCACAUUCACGAAAAGAGACGAUAUCCCAGAGUGUUCAGACUGCCGAUGGUGAAUGGUGUAUGCAUCUUCAUCUCCUUGGAUGUUGUCUUCUUGCAAGGGCACAAUUUGGAUUACAAGAAAGUUCAAAACAAAGGAAAAUUCAUGAAGCUGUUCGCUGUUUCUUUAGAGCUUCGUGUGGACAAGGGGCUUACCGGGCCUUGCGUAGUCUGUCCUUGCAAACAGGCUUUCAUCCUGGUUUCAGUUGUGACUCUGCUGCAGCAUGGAAGCUUCAUUAUUAUCAAUGGGCGAUGCAGACUUUUGAGCACUAUAAUCUUAGUGAGGGUGCUUGCCAGUUUGCUUUUGCUGCCCUGGAGCAAGUUGAUGAAGCACUUAGAUUGGGUAAUGAUACUUCUGAAGACAAUCUUUCUGAGCCUGCAACUGCUAUUAGAGGGAGGCUCUGGGCAAAUAUCUUCAAAUUUACAUUAGAUCUGAACAACUAUCAUGAUGCAUAUUGUGCGAUUAUUUCCAACCCAGAUGAAGAUAGCAAAUACGUCUGUCUGAGGCGUUUAAUAAUUGUUCUUUGUGAGCGUUUUGCCUGUAAGACUCUUUGUGAUGGUCAACUACCAUUUAUUGGGUUAGCAGAAAAGGUGAGACAAGAGCUUGUGUGGAAGGCGGAGCGCUCGGAUUCUGCUGCAAACCCAAACCCAUACAAAUUGCUUUAUGCUUUUGAAAUGCAUCGAAACAACUUUCGGAGGGCAGCUAGUUACAUACACCGAUAUUCAGACCGUGUGAGAAGUGAAGCAACCUUAAAAGCGCACCAGCAGAUUCCCAUGGCUCUGCAGGAGAGGCUUAAUGGACUCUCUGCAGCUAUCAAUGCUCUGCAUCUUGUUCAUAUUGCAUAUUCUUGGAUUGACCCUCAGAUUGAAGAUUACUCUUGCCUGGAUGAGCACCAUCCAAGUAAAAGACCUAGAAAAUUUGUGGACGAGAGCUCGAUGGACAGCAAUGGUUUUCAAGCUCAGGGCCUGCAAUAUUAUAUCGAUAUUGAGAAGAUGGAAAAGGAGUUUUUGUUGACAUCAGCCCAAUAUUUACUUUGUCAUGCAAAUAUGAAAUCAACAUUUACAGGAAAUCAAGUACUUCCAUCAGAUGUAGUGGAUAUGCUAGUCCAGACAGACUUAUAUGAUAUGGCAUUUACAGUUCUUCUGAAGUUUCGAAAGGGUUCAGGAUUGAAAAGGGAGCUUGAACGAGUCUUCGUUGCUAUAUCAAAAAAAUGUUGCCCAAAUGGAGUAGGUUCCCCAUAUAAAGGGAAUGAUAUCAGAACACAUGGUCUUUUGUUGGCAUCAUCAGAAGAUGAAACGUUUACUCACAGUCCUUUUGUAUCAAGCCAUUCUACUCAUCAGUUGAGUGUGAACUGUCAGUGGGAAGCACUUGAAGUUUAUCUGGAAAAAUAUAAGAAGUUGCACCCACGAUUACCUGUCAUUGUUGCUGAAACCCUUCUACAAACGGACCCUCAGAUUGAAUUGCCUCUUUGGCUAGUACAUAUGUUCAAGGGUGGAAGAAAGGCAACUUGUUGGGGGAUGACUGGACAGGAAGCAGACCCUGCAUCUUUAUUUCGACUAUAUGUUGAUUAUGCCCGAUAUGCAGAAGCUACAAAUCUGGUCCUUGAGUUCAUAGAGUCCCUUGCAUUUCUUAGACCAGCAGAUAUAAUUAAACGGAAAAAGAUAUCUGCUGUUUGGUUCCCAUACACAGCGGUUGAGCGCCUGUGGUGCCACCUGGAAGAGUUGAGCAAUGCAGGCCAAAUGAUGAAUGAUCAAUGUGACACACUCAAGAAGCUGCUACAUGGAGCUCUAUUGAACCAUCUCACACUAAUGAAGGUGGACUCACAUGAUGCCCUGUCUUCAGCAGCUUCAGGAAGUUUCUGCUUUGCUGGAUCAAGAUCCAGAGCUAACACUUGAUAGAAAUUAGAGCAAAUAUAGAUUCACUUAAAGGUUGAACCAUUUUGACCUUUGUUUUUUCCACUGUAUUGGAAAUAGCUCAUGGAACUCUAGUAGAAAUCUGGUGAAAUGGUCAUGUUUAAGAU